AUGUUGCCUCAAAACAAGGACCAAGUGCUGCUACAGAACACAGCACCCUCUGGGGUUCCCCCUCAGAGCCCCUCACAACUCGUGGACUGCCCUCCCCAUAACCUCCAGCCUCUGCCUCCUCAAAAAUCACUCUCUCCCUCCCUCCCACCUUGCUCCCCUCCUCCACAGUCCCACUCUCCUGGCUCCGAUUUCUAUUCUUCUGACUCAAAUUCGGACUUUGUACUACAUCCCUACGCGUCCUCCUUCCCAAGAUCCCCCGCUUUCUUUCAUCAGAAUUACCCGUCUGUCUCCCUUUCACAUUCCUCCGCUCCCUCCCACCAGCUACACCCUUCUCCUCCCCCUACGCGCUCCUCCAGCCCCCCUCAGCCACAGAACUCCUCUCCCCCACACUGCCAGUCUGGUCCCAACCCCGGAGACCUACCCAGCUCCACUCUCACUUCCCCGAGGCCCAGCCUGCCUUCUCCGGGGAUCCAUUCUAAUAGACAGGCAUGGCACUGGCAUCAGUACCACGACACCAGGUCCCCUGGGGUGGUGGAGGGAUGCGUGGCAAGCGAGAGGGACGCUGCAGAGUUCAGGCACCCAGGAGCCCUGGCCCAGGCCCUGGUGGUUCACCUGGGGCACCACCGUAUUGCGCACGACCUUCGGUUACUGCUUUUGCAGCGCCUGUGGCUAGGCAGAACCGGCCCGGCUCCAGUCGUGGAGUAUCCCAUAUGCCUGGUGUGUCUCCGGCCCCGUGGUCCCUCUUGCCCCAUGCCCAAAAACAGGACUGGACCCCGGCUGCUUGCCUUUCCCCAACUACUGCCCUGUGCACAGGGCCAGGAAUCCAGACCACUCCGCAUAGGCAUCGGGUUUGGCCUCCGCCUGCCCCGUGGCCAGGCCAGGGCUCUGCAUCUCUUGCCAGAAAGAAGACCAGAGGAAGUAGGACUUCAAGGCAAGGCCCCUCAGGCCCGUGGGUAUCAAACCGAGGCUUCGCAGGCCCCAGCAGUUCCAGCCCCAGCCUCAGCAGCUCAGGCCGAGGCAGAUUCAGCCCCAGGCAAAUCCUCCCAGACCGGGAGCCUCAGGUCUGCAGGCUUUCAAGGGCCAAAGUCUACUCAAUGUCCAGGACCUCCACCUCAGGCACCAAAACAGGACACUGUCUCCCUGAAGCCCAAGUUUUCCUCAGUUCCAAAGACGCCUGCCUCUCCAAAGCCUGUUCUACAAAAGUCACCACCCCAGUUCCAGAGCCACGGAGGAUCCCUGGAGCACCUCCUCCAAACACAGCAGUUCCCACCAGGCCCCAGAUCUCAGGAAGUCCCCGGCACACCCUGA